AACCCACAUUCUGAAUCCGCUUCCGACGUGCCGACGACACCGAUGCUUGUGCCCACAGACUGAUCAGGGCUUUUACCCGAACAGCACUGAAUGGUAGCAGCUGAGAGACGGGUGCGGAGCGAGGGUUGCUAAACCCUGAGGAUUUCUCACGGACUAGAAUGCUCUAUAUGUAUCCCCAUAAACGGAUGACAACCUCCAAACAAACCUACUGAAAACUUUCAGUUCUACGUUUGACGCGGAGCUGUUAUUUAGAAUUUUUCAGCCAGGUCCAAGAACAGACAUCAUGCAGGUGCAAACUGUGGGCUAACGUUACUGAAAUGACUUGCUCGGCGUUGAUGCGUUUGUAUAGUGCCAUGCCAAACCCGCAUUGUCAGAUGCCAUUUUACUCUGCGUUAUCCCAGUGUCUGGAAUUCCAACAUACUGGGCCUGUUGUGUAAUUAGAAGUUCGUGAGGCAGUGGCAAACAAGCUGGUGCAAUGAGAAGCUACGCUGCCCAACACAUUUUGCGCAAUUUGUGCUAAAGCUUAUGGGUCCUGCGUACUCAAGCUCCCGGCUUCCACUUGGAGAGGUGUGCUGCUGGGCUACAGCGCACUGGCUGUCGGCUUCACAUCUGGACCGCCUGGCUACUGUCAUCUGCGGCCUGUUUGGACUGAUCACUCCCUGAACAUUUAGAGGAACUGACUGAGAUCGCCUCGGAUGGUUUCGUGUUAGGGAAAAGGGGUGAAUAUUUGGGCUGGGACUUGACGUUAUCGGUGAUCCAUUGGAACACCGUUGUCCAAAGCUGGACUGGCUGACUACUCAAGGAAAAAACGCUUAUCCAGCUAUGGAUUUUGCUUAGCGAAGUCACGCAUUUUUAAAGGCAACGCUAGGGUGACAUUGCAGUCUUCUCACAUAGGUUAUUCCGUCGUCCGACAAAAAAAUAAAAGAGUGACAGUGGAGUAUUGUCCGUCAUACGUUUCAACGCAGUGGGAUUUCUACGUCUGGUCGGCGUUCACCCCCUCCCUUCCCGCGGUGACGGUUAUGGGUCGGAAGCGGUGUGUCGGUGCAGAUUGUUCCAAGAUGGCGGCCGGGUGCUGCGGGGUGAAGAAGCAGAAGCUAUCGGGAUCGCCCGGGUCGGGGGGUCCCGGUGGGGUGGGGAUAGGAAACGGGGUGGCAGGAACCGGACAUUGUGGCUCGGAGUUGGGGAUUGGCUCCUCCGCGACCGUUGCAGCAGCGGCGAACGUGAUCAGAGCCAACGGCCUGGGGGGACCCGGGGGUAGCGUUAGCAGCAGCAGCAGUAGUAGCAGCAGCAGCAGCGGCGGCGGCUCCAACGCUCUGUCCCCAGCCCAGGCCGGUUACACUUCAUCCGGCCUCUCCCCAAAUCUCAGCUCGGGACCUGGUUCGGGGGGUGGAAGCAGAAAAAUGGUCGUCUCAGCGGAGAUGUGCUGCUUCUGUUUUGACGUGCUUUAUUGCCACCUCUACGGAUACCAGCCUCCAAGAACACCCAGGUUUACAAAUGAUCCCUACCCGCUGUUUGUCACAUGGAAAAUAGGCAGAGACAAGCGGUUGCGAGGUUGUAUAGGUACAUUUUCUGCCAUGAAUCUGCACUCAGGACUCAGGGAGUACACCCUUACCAGUGCCCUUAAAGACAGCCGCUUCCCCCCUAUGACAAGGGAUGAGCUGCCUCGCCUCUUCUGCUCAGUGUCUCUUCUCACCAACUUUGAAGACGUCGGGGAUUACCUUGACUGGGAGGUGGGUGUUCACGGUAUAAGGAUAGAGUUUUUCAAUGAAAAAGGAUCAAAGCGCACCGCCACCUACCUACCAGAGGUUGCAAAGGAGCAAGGUUGGGACCACAUUCAAACCAUAGAUUCCUUACUACGAAAGGGAGGUUACAAAGCCCCCAUCACAAAUGACUUCAGGAAGACCAUUAAGUUAACCAGGUACCGUAGCGAGAAGUUGACAAUGGGUUAUGCAGAGUACAUCGCCCACCGCCAGCACCAUCACUACCAGAAUGGCAUUGGGCACCCUCUACCACCCUACAACCAUUAUUCCUGACAGCGAGCCGCAUGACCAAUCAUUGGACCUCUCCGCGGACCUUUUCCCAGGAGAGCCUGCCCCCUCUUGGUCUAGCUAUUUCUACUACUGUACCAUUUUAUGAUGAUAGUUUCCGUUGCCAUGCCGGCCGUCUCCCAGACGUUGACGUGGCAACGGGUGGCAACGAAGCAUCAUUUGGCAAGAAAUCCACAUUUAUUUUUCUUUGCCUGAGUUUUUGCAGCAUAUGUACACGUGUAUCUAUAGCCCCCCUAUCCCCCCCAUCCCCCUAAUAUUUUUUAAAAUUAAACAAAUAUUAGAUUUUAUCAAAAUUUUGUCUUUUCAGCAAACCUAAUCAGGAUUUUGAUUCUGUGGAUGGAAGGAAGUCUCUUUACGGUGGAUUUGUCUUGCGCUUAUAUUGUUUAGGCUUUGCUUCAGUUUAAAUUCUCGAAAAAAAUUCUUUAAUUUUUUACAUCUUUAUUUUAUCUUAAUAUCCAGACAUGUAUACCAUGUAGCAACGCAACUGCAGUUCUCAAAGGCAGUGUCAUCUCUGUUCUGAUUCCUCUCAAAAAAGAAAACAGAUUGACUGUUGAGCCUUGUAAACUCGUGUAGUGUUGUAGUUGGAACUAUAUAUUGGGAUCUGUAUACUCCAAAGUAUAGAUAGUAGGAUUGUGAUGCCCUUUGCGGGUAUUGUUUAUUGUUUGAGCUCACAAUUGUGUGUGUAUUUCUGUGUGUGGAUAUAGAUGUUGGUCUGCCGCAAGAUGAAAACCAGUAGAGUAAAUUUAGAAAUGACCUAAAGAUUCCCGUUUUGGAAAUAUUCGUAGUGUUUUGUGGUGGAACCUGUACACAUUGAAUUGAGUUUGUUUGCCUAGAGCUUUCAGCAAGGUUCCCUCUUUUGUGUAACUUUUUUUUUUUUUUUUUAAUUCAAGGUAAUUGUGGAGGAAGCCAUUUUGUCUGAGGAUAAUCACGUCUGCGCAGGUGAUUUGCUAAUUAUCCACGUAAAAUUGUCUAUAAGUGGGUCUGAUUUGCCUGCAUUGGAGAUGGGGAGCAGGUGUAACUACAGGUCCCUGGGGGGAAAAUAUGUGCAUGGACAAUGCUUUCAUUUAAAUGUACUGGGUCUGUUGCUGUCUGAGUUUACUGGCAGGGAGUCACUAGAGUGGGACAUGCUAUAACUACUUAAAGCCAUAUUCUCUUUUUAUUCCACACUUUGUAAGGGUAGUCUGUUGUUUGGCUUGAAUUGCCAGAAGUGCAUUCGGUACCACUUGGCUGGUAACCUCUAAUAUAUUAGAUCUUCAACCUCCUGAAUGCAAUCGUACACCAGCCAGCCUCAGGCAAGGCUGCAUCACGAAAUACUAGUCAAAGGCGGCAGUUUCAGCCAUUUGUCUGAUGUCUUGUAUAUUGCCCGUGUCGUCGUGUAAACAUUGUCUUGCCUCUUCCGAUUAUAGCUAACCAUUUUGUCACUCGUUCACAAAGUAUGAUGUGUUUUAAAAUUGUCAUUUUGAAAGAAGACUCACCACGUGACGCACAAAGGAAGUGAUCUAAUGAACACGUUGGUGUCAUGUAGAAGUGCAUGUCAUUGUGCUUUUUAGAUUCUGAAGCAGUUGCAGUAACGCAGCAAGUUUAUUUAGUUGUUGAAACCGCACUACCACCGUUCUCCUCUUUAACACUCUGCUGUUCAGUGAGAUCCCGUUGAUCUGUUUGUGUCCACAGCACAGAUUCGCGGCCUGUUUUGUCAGCUGUAGGUUUGAGCGAACACAGUUGAAUUAGUUGGGGCAGAAUCUCUGCAUGGGGCCCGGCGGCUUGCAGUUAAGGUCUACAAAUAAAAAGCCAGGGCUUUGUAAGGACUUAAGAAGCCAUUUCCCAUCCAGAUAUUACUUGUUAGGAGUCAUCCACACACGCUAGGCUAGUGAGAAUGUUUGAACUGUUGUUUUGCUUUGGGUUCAGCUUUAGUUUUGCCAACUGGAAUUUUUGAGAGGGUCUUGUUACUUGACAUACUUGACAUACUCGUAACAGCCUUUACUAACUGACAGGUUAUUUUUCUUUAUGCAAAAAUGUCAAGGGCUUUUGGCACUCCAUCCACAGUAACCCGAAAUGACCCAUAUUUAAGUUGUGUUGCCUUAAAUGAAUGAUUAAAUGAUGGGCCGAUAGAUGAUGCGCUGACUGUUUCUCUGUCCCGUGGUUUGCUUUUUCCCAGCUCCAUCGUCACACCACAGUGUAGGAAAGGGCCUCAGAUGUUUUGUUUUCCUCACUUGAAUGCUAAUACUUUGUUAGACUUAUGGGGGCUCCUGUAUGCCUGCAGUCUCCCGUUUGCUCACGUCUUAACCCAGCUGCUGGUCCUCGAUUCUUUCGGGGUUUUUUUUUGAAAGCCCCACAUAAACACAUUCUCUUAAAAUAAUGUCGGGCACUGUGGUGUUGUUCCCCCUAAAUGCUUAAACCACGGGAAGACCGUUUCAUGCCUCGUAAAAUGUAUGCUUUCCAUGAUGGACACACUACACACUACAUCAGAAGUUUGAAAGAGGAACAGUCAGGCUUUCAUUUCCUGGUCCAUUUAAUACAGCACAACCUGAAUUCUUCUGCUGCAAAACCAAAUUGACCAUGCUCUUUUACAUAUAUGUCUUUGUAUACACAUGCAAUGUAUUUUGUUGCAUGUAUGAGUAUGAGACCUAUGGUUUUAUCCAUGAUAUGCUUGAUCUAUGGCUUAGACACUCUUAUUAACCAUUAAGAGAUUUAAAAGACAAAUAUGGUGCUAUCGGACCUCAUAUUGGGGUGGUCACAGCUCGUGACUGGUCAUGCGGACUCAUUGAUCAUAUCAUACUUAAAGAUGCUACGUGUAAGAUUUUCUCUUCAGUGUGUUGCUGUGAAAUGAGUGAUGACGGCACAUUUUAAUAACUGAAGGAUGUGACUGUCACCGAAAACAAACGGUAGCCCCCAAGCAAUCUGUGCUCUCAUGAACCGUUGUGGGUGACUUUGGGAUCAAUUCCCUAUGGGAAUAAAACAGACUGACAUUCUUAAACACAUAUAACAAAGAAGGAAAAGUCCCCGCAGCAAACGCGUCAUAGGGGCUAUGGAAUGUACAGUUAAUGGUCGUUAUUACAAUUUAACAGUAAUAUAUAUUAAAAGAGAGAAUCCUACAUGUGUUACCUUUACUAUCCUUGAUAUAUGCAGAUCUGUUCAACAGGUGUUUUUGUUUUUUUUUCCUACCAGUGCAAGUCAACACCCAUGCAGGUUUUGAAAGGACAAGAAGCCACACGUAGCCUCCCCCCCCCUCUCCCCCUCGAUUACUCGCUACACUGGCCCAACCUCAUGGCCUAGUUUGUCAAGGUGUGUCGUUCGGUAGAUAGUGGCAGUAGUAGUGACCGUUGCCUCUCCCGGAAGAUUGGAUGCUGCUUUUUCGGAGCACAUCCUCCGUUUUUUCCCCCCCUCCCCUUAGCUGCUGAAUCGUUUGAUCUCUGGAAAGGCAAGGUUUGAUUUGUUGACUAAUGGAAAAAGGUCCUGUUGCUGAGGCUUUCGCAGCCUCUCAAACUACGUUGAAGGUAUGCGUCUCCUAUGUAACGGGAUGCAGAGCUAAUGUUUUACAUAGAACACGCAGGAAAUAGUCCCGCUUCUGUACUGAUUAACUGUUUAAAGCAUCGAUACCUCAUGGGAUAUUACGGAACGACGUUUGUAGUUUGUUGUAGCAGAUUGUGUUUUGGUUUCCAUACCAGGGUUAAGAGUUCAGCCUCAGCAUUCCUCGUGUGGUCACUCAUGUUUCGUGGGGAAUGCUCAAGCUCAUUUUACCUUCGUAUGUUUGACGGAACCAAAGAUGCCAGCGGCCAUGCUCAAAUGCUGCUCUUCAGGCCUGGCUUCCUGUCCUUCCAAAAGACACCCCUGCAUUUGACAAAAUGUUCUUUUUUUUUUUUGUGUGUGUGUGCGAUUUCUCAACUGUCUAGAUUUAUUAAGCAACCGAAUCUUUCGAUGAUUUUUCAUUGAAUCUAUCUCUGAAGCCGUACGUGGCAUCAAGGAUGGUUAAAAACGGUUGCAAAUUGUUACUUGUUUUGUUUGUUGUUAUUAUUAUUAUUAUUAUUAUUAUUAUUGUUGUUAGUAGUAGUAUUAGUGUUAUUAUUGCUAUAAUUUACAAAAAUGAAAAUCCCAUGAUGUGCCUCCUAGCUUUAUGGGUUUAUAAAUGUUUUUUUCCCUAAAGACCAGCAGUUAUACUUUGUAUAAAAGAUGGAUUUUACCUUAUUUUUUAUGCCAUUAAAGAUGAAAAAGCCUGUUUUCGUUACUCUGGACCCAGUAGCUGCACUGGUAUACAAUCGCACUGAUAGAUGAAUAAUAAUAAUAAAAAAAAAAAAAAAAGAAUAAAUGAAUCAAUAAUAAUAAUGAUAAUGACAAAUGAAAUAAGAACUACAAUAAACUUGUGUUUGAAGCUUUUAUUAAAAAAAGUUAAAAAGCAAAUAAAAAAAGAAAAUGACUGUUUUUGUACAUCAAAAUAAAUUCUUUUCAAAAGAAUAUUUUGGAUCUAGUUUCAAAAUUAUUUUAGUGGUUUUCUAUGUUCUGAAUUUUUGAGACACUGACUUCGAAGACGUGUCACUGUACAAAAUGACUUUUCUGUUGCAGUGGCCUGAUGGGCUGGGAGGGUUGCCUGGUGUAACUCCUCAUACCAAUUUUUCUUUCUUUUUCUUUCAAUUUUUGGAUCUUUUUAUUUUUUAUUUAGUAACUUGAAAAAAUGUUUAUGGAAUAAUAUGAACUGGGAACUUCAUCCAUCCCCUGUAGAGCUAGACCCUUCCUCAUUUCCAUAUUGAAUUGCUGUUAGUGUGACAAGACUUGAAAUGGGCAUUUAUUAUGGUAGUAUGACUCCAAAAGAAAAAAAACCCACAAAAACAAACACACAAAAAAACAAACAAAAGAAAAAGAAAUGAGUUUA